ACCACCACCCCAUCAUCGUCUCUCUCUCUCUCGUCGCAGUUGAAUCCCUCUCAGAAAGCGACGAUCUUGCACAACCUUCUUGAUCCAUGGAGGCGGGAUCUCCUCCGGCCGCGCCUGCCGACCCAUUCGAUGAGUUCUUUCCCCAGCAGCACGGCUGCGGCUCCGACGCCGACGUCGCCUCGCCCUCCGCCUCCAACUAUUCAUCCUGCGACGGUGAGGACUCGGAGCUCGAGCGGUACUGCAGCGCCAAUUCGGCGCUCGGCAGCGCCAGCCUCUGCAGCUCCGUCGGGAACUACGCCGACCUGCUCGAUUUCUCUGACGUAUGUGGCGCGAUAGAGAAUUCCCAGAGGGGUCGGCUCGGUGGGGACAUCGCUGCUUCUUGGGAUCGCUUCAAUCGGUACUCGGAGGAGGGCGCCGUUACGUCGCCGAGAGAAAAUUGUUCUUCCCCGUCCCAGCAUCUGCUGGCCUUGUCGGAUCGGAUGGGUUCGUUGCCCAGAAUCAGCACCGGGUCCAGGUUGCGUCCUGCAUCUGUCGACCGUCCGGGUGAAAGAACGCAGCUAAGGGUAGUUGAGGACCAGCAGGAAGCAGUGCCGUGUAAAGGGAAAGAAGUAGACUUCUUGGAUCGAGAUGUGAUCUCCAUGGGACGUGAUGACGGAUAUUCUGGCCAAAGUUCUUUGCUUUGUGCGAUGGCUGGUGCUGAAGAGGUUGGUUCUUUGGGGAAUUUAGGCUCUUCCUCUCGUGAUGUGAUGAUGGAAUCAGAUGAGGAUAGACCCUCCAGAUGCGAACAUUCGGACGGAGAGGACUCGAUGCUUGAAUAUGGUACAGAUUGUGAGAAUGCAAAUGGUCUGUGUGAAAACUUGCGGUGCAUUGAUGAGACUAAACAUGACAACCUUAACCCACUUCUAAUGAACUCAUCUGUAGCUUACGGUUCUGAUGAUUUGGAUGAGCUUAUGCGAGAAAAUGGUGGACUUGGUUUACAAUCUCUGUCACUUUACCAAGAUCAACCUAAUUUCCAGCAAACUGUGCCUGCAAAAGUUGAUGGACAUCUUCCAUUACUAUCCAACAGUCAUGUUAUUGAUCCUCUUCAUGAUGUAGAGAAAGAUGAGGAUGCCGUGGAUGUAUCAGCAGUGAACCAUAAAUUCCAAGUUACCGAUGAACCUAACUCUGAACUUUCACACAAGGGUAAGUUUCUUCCUGGAGAAUAUACUUUAGAAGAUCAGAUCAAGUCUAUGUACAAAGGUCUGAAAGGAGAUUUCUAUUCAAUAAGUGAUGGGAUUGCUGCAGAUGUUCAUGUGGAUGAAGCUCCAGAAAGACAGGUGUUUGGUGAGCCAGCUUCUGCUGACAAUGAUACUGUCAUAAAGAUUUCUUCCAUUUCAGUUGGAACAUCUCGACAUGAAAAAUGUUUUGGUCAAGACUAUGAUAAGCCAAGUUUGCUACUGCCAGUGGUCCACAGUGGCCAGAGUUCAAGUUUCCAGAUAGAGUUGGACAGGAGUUUAAAUUUUACGGAUUUAUCAGAAGAAAAUAUUGUAACUGAUGAGAGAAGACACUGGAUUAUGCUUUUUAAUGCUUUCCAUCCAUUGGAAGAUGUCAUUGAGCUUUGGAAAAUCUUUAUAAACUGUCAGCUCUGCUUAUGAACCUGCCAGUGAAACCUCACUUUUGAACUAAGUUAUAUUUCCCUGAUAUC